UACAAAAUUAAAUUAAACCAUAUAGUUUUCUAUACAAUUAGAUCCAUUAAUUAAUAAUAAUACAAUGUUAUUACUAUUUACUCAACUCCUACUCUCAUUACUCAUAGUCACAACAAAAUCUCAAUCAAGCAUAUGUAGAACUUCUUGUGGUAACAUUUCUAUCAAAUAUCCAUUUAGCAUUGAUGAUGGUUGUGGAAGUCCAUACUACCGACACAUUCUCGCAUGUUCCGAUUCCGAAAAAAAACUCGAACUCCGAACACCUUCCGGUCGAUACGAAGUUCGUAACAUAACUUAUGCCGAUCCUCAUAUUGUUGUCACUGAUCCAUUCAUGUGGAAAUGUUCGGACGGCGAAAAUUUCCGACUGACGCGACCAUUUAGUUUAGACACUAGUACAAAAUUAAAACUCUCUACACAAAAUGAGUACAUGUUUUUCAAUUGUAGUGAAAAACAUGUUAUUAUUCAACCAAAACCUAUGUUUUGUGAACAUUUUCCUGAACAUUGUGAUUCAUCUUGUGACAGUGCUAGUUAUUUAUGUAGACAUAUACCAGAAUGUUCUUUUUCUCUUACAAGUGUUUCUUGUUGUUCUUAUUAUCCAAAAGCAAGUGAAUCUUUGAGGUUAAUGCUUAAGUAUUGUACAAGUUAUGCUAGUGUUUAUUGGAGAGAUGUUGGUUUUCCUCAACCUUAUGAUCAAGUACCUGAAUAUGGGAUUAGAGUUGAUUUUGAUAUACCUGUUACUACUAGUUGUCUUCAAUGUCAAGAUGAAUUGAAGGGUGGUGGAACUUGUGGAUUUGACACUGUGACACAGAGUUUUGUGUGUUUGUGUAAAGAUGGAAACUCCACAACUCACUGUAAAGAUCAAGAUAUUGCACAACACAAUAGGAAGAUGCAUGUAAUAGCAGGGACAGUUACAGCAUUCUCUGCUGCAGGGGCAUUUGGAAUUGGUGCUGGAAUUUGGUACUUGAAAAAAUUGAGAGCUAAAGCACCAGUUACAUGUGGAGUUCAAAGCAAUGAUAAUAGAUUAUUCUAAAAACAAUCAAAUGAUGUGAAAAACUAUACAAAGUUACAUACUUAUCUUUCUUUUUUGUUACUUCCCCCCUAAGCUAAUGUAUUUUAUUUGUAUGUACAACAAUUAUACCAACCAUAUAUAUGCUUCCCAAUUUUUCUGAGUUUCAUAUUGUAAUGGGAACUAAUGUAAAUUAAGGUUUAGAAGAUUAGUGGUUAAAUUG